UACAAUAAAAAAAGUGAAAGAAGUUCCAAAAUCUUCAGAGUAAAGACACAGAAUUUAUCAUAUAAAAAUCUACUUAGAUCUGUUCCUAAUUUUCUGCUUAAGACAUAAUUUUCAAAUCCUUUUUCCAUUUUCUCUAAAAACCGUUUCCAAGAUCCAAUUUUUAUUCAAACCCCACUUCUCAAAACCAAAAUAUAGCUCUCAUAUCCAAUUUAUCUUAAAAUAAAAAGAUUGAUUUUUUUUUUCAAGAUCCAAUCUUUACUGCAACUGAAAUUUGAGGUAAUUAAACUUAACCCUUUUGACCCCCUCAAUCUCAUUUUUGUUUCUGCUUCUUUAUUCAGUGUUUAUAAACUUCAAGAUCCAAUUUUUAUUGUUCAUUUUUGUAAUUUUGAAUAAAUGGUCAGUUCCAAAAUAUGUCCUUUCUUUAGUGCUUAUAAUUUUUUUUAAUGCUUAUAAACUUCAAGAUCCAAUUUUUAUUGUUUAUUUUGUAAUUUUGAAUAAAGUGUCAGUUUCAUAUUAGAGGUAUAUUAAGCCCUUAACUAGAUUUUCUCUUGAAAAUUUGUCCUUUUUUAAGUGCUUUUAAACUUCAAGAUCCAAUUUUUAUUGUUUAUUUUGUGAUUUUAAAUAAAGGGUCAGUUUUAGAUUAGUGGUUAGUAAUCCCUUAUUAUAGAUUUUAUCAUAAAAAUCUUCUUUUUAGCUUAAUCUUGGUAGUAUGUUUAGAUUAUUUGGAUUUGAUUUGGAUUUUUAGCUUAAGGUGUCAGUUUGAUAUUCUACUAAAAAUAUGUGUUUUUAGCUUAAUCUUGGUACUGUUUUUGUAAGUUUUAGUGUUUUGUAGAAAUGAAGGAAUUGAAUUCAACAACAGAUCCAAUUGGCCAAAACUUGAUAAAAGUUAUAAGCAAUGUGUGUUUCUCAGUUUUUGUAUUCUCUGUGCUUAUAAUUACUGUUAUUGCUAUUACAUACCAACCUCCUGAUCCAUGGGAAUCAUCUAGAGCACUAACUAGGGUGUUCACACAAGUCAAAAACGCUACGUUUAAAGUUGAUAAUUCUGUCUUAAAAACUGGUGAAGAUGUUGCUAGUAGCCCCAUUGAGGCUCCUUCUGGAGGAGCGUUUCCUUUAGUGCCGAUUACUGAAGCUACUAUCGAGAAAUCCGAAGAAAAGUUGUCCAAUGAGACUCUUAAAAAAUCAGGAUGUGAGGAUGUGAAUGUAGUGAAUUGUUCGGAUCCUCGGGUUUUGAUCACGAUCCAGAGGUUUAAUUUGAAGACAUUUAAGUCCAUCGCGUUUUUGGACUAUCGGACGCCUGUUAAUGGGUCGAACCCGAAUGAGUGUGACGUGGCGUGGAGGUUUAGAAACAAGAAAGAGAGAUCUUGGAGAAAGUACCGGGAUUUUCGGAGGUUUAAGAUCGGGUUUACCAAUGAUUGUAGUUACAAAGUGGUUCACGCCGGUCGUUGGCAUUCAGGAGUAAAUGCACGUCGUCCAAGAAGUCGAUUUAAUUCCAGUAGAACUAGUCCAAGAGCCAAAUUUGCUCCACCGGUUCGAGAUGAGGAGAUUAACGAUACCAUUCCGAUCUUGGGAUCUGAUUCAGCUUUCAAGAACGGGAAAUACUUGUAUUAUUCGCGGGGUGGUGAUUACUGUAAAGGAAUGAACCAGUACAUGUGGAGUUUUCUGUGUGCUUUGGGUGAAGCUCAGUACUUGAAUCGAACAUUUGUGAUGGAUUUGAGUAUCUGCUUAGCAUCUUCUCAUACUCGUAGUCAUAAGGAUGAGGAGGGAAAAGAUUUUAGAUUCUAUUUUGAUUUCGAACAUUUGAAGGAAACUGCAUCGAUUGUCGAUGAAGGAGAUUUCCUUAAAGAUUGGAGGAAAUGGAAUAGGGCACAUAAGAAGAAAAUAUCGGUAAGAAAGGUUAAGGACUACAAAGUGUCCCCCGACCAACUCUUGAAGGAUAAGAGCACAAUUAUAUGGAGGCAAUUUGAUGCCCCUGAACCUGAGAACUAUUGGUAUCGGGUCUGUGAAGGACCUUCUGCCAAAUACAUCCACAGACCAUGGCAGGCUUUGUGGAAAUCAAAGCGACUGAUGAACAUAGUAACUGAGAUUAGUGGACGCAUGGACUGGGAUUUUGAUGCUGUUCAUGUUGUUCGUGGAGAGAAAGCACAGAAUAAGGCGUUAUGGCCCCACCUGGAUGCUGAUACGUCUCCCGAUUCCCUUGUCACGAAGCUUCAAGGAAUUAUUACGCCUUGGAGGAAUCUGUAUGUUGCCACAAACGAGCCGUUUUAUAACUAUUUCGAUAAGCUUAGAUCUCACUACAAAGUGCAUUUGCUUGAUGAUUAUAGCUACUUGUGGAGUAAUACAAGUGAGUGGUAUAACGAAACAACACAACUGAACGGUGGCCAUCCAGUUGAGUUUGACGGGUAUAUGAGAGUUGAAGUUGACACAGAGGUCCUUUAUCGAGCAAAAUCAAGGGUCGAGACAUUUUACAACCUGACAAAAGACUGCAAAGAUGGAAUCAACACUUGCUAGAUAGGAAGGAGAUAUCCUUUAGUGCUCUGUAUACGCCAUUACACUUGUUUCCGCUAUUUCAAAAUUUGCCUAGUUCUUUAUUGGUGGUUUGAGUUAUUUGUGAGACGUUUUACAUCAUAUUUGUACAAUAUUCAGCACCAUAAUCUUCAUUCGAUUGAGAUUUGUUGCCUCUA